CGUGGCCGGAAGUGCGCUCACUGGGCGCCGCCACGACGCGUUGAUCCCCCGUGGAAGGUGCUGCCGGUCUGCUCUGCGACCGGAAAGGCGCGGCGGGGCGGAGCGGGCUGGGCGCCGCCAUGACGGCCGGAAGGGGCGGGCCGUUCCCCGCGGACUGACGGACCGCUCGCCGGCGCCGGGCCUGGAGAUGCAGGCAGCCCUGGAGGUCACCGCUCGUUACUGCGGCCGCGAGCUCGAUCAGUAUGGCCAAUGUGUGGCAGCCAAGCCAGAGUCAUGGCAGAGGGACUGUCACCACCUUAAGAUGAGCAUGGCUCGGUGCACGUCUUCCCACCCCAUCAUCCGGCAGAUCCGCCAGGCCUGCGCUAAGCCUUUCGAGGCCUUUGAAGAGUGUCUUCGGCAGAAUGAAGCCGCGGUUGGUAAUUGUGCUGAACAUAUACAGCGCUUCCUGCAGUGUGCGGAGCAGGUGCAGCCGCCACCUUCCCCCACAACUGUAGAGGCUCAGCCGCUCCCUGCCUCUUGAAGGGUGCUUGACUUCAGAGAAACUCAACAGCGGACUGCUCCGUGAUGCCCCCACCCUCUGCAAGGUGGCCAUGUGGAAUCCCUGGGGGUGUGCCUGGCUUCCCUGGACAGCAGGAGUCCCAAUAAAUAAAGACCACUGGGCUUUGACUUCUGCCUUUAGCACCUGAGGGGCACGAGGAAAGCAGAUUGGGCAGAAACCCUGCUCAUCCAUCCACUAACAGUUUCACCUGGCCUGCCAAGGAACGGUCCAGGAGGAGCCUGAUGUUAUAGCUGUUCACCUGGUCACAAAUUAAAAUUACCCUCCUC